AGUUCAUAUGUCAGCAUUUUUCUUAUCUGCUUAUUACCCUCUAGGUAUUUCUCGAUACAAAUCAUGGCAACCCAUCUAGCAGCCGUAGCCGUUGCAAAAGCCCAACCGCUUGAGGUCCAGGAGCGACGAACCCCCAAACCCGGUCACAAUGAAUUGUUACUCGACGUCAAGUCUAUUGCCUUGAACCCGCUCGAUAUCAGCUCCAAGGAUUUUGGCUUCGCCAUCGCGGAAUACCCAGCCGUGUUUGGUUCAGACAUCAGUGGUGUGGUCCUAGAGACAGGACCCAACGUUUCUGCUGCCGCCUUCAAGCCCGGUACGCGCGUGGCGGCUAUCGCGUCUGCUUUCUUCGCUCAGGGUGCACCAGACUACGGUGCUUUCCAGCAACGAGUCAUCGUGCCGGUCGAGAACGCUGGUCCCAUCCCGGAUGACGUAAGCUUCAACGAAGCUGCUACCCUCCCCAUGGCCGUCACUACUGUUUGUAUUGGGUGGGACACAAUUGGCCUUCCUCGAGAAACCUCUUAUUCUCCUGGUGACAAGCAAGGAGUUUUGAUCUGGGGCGCAUCUUCUAGUGUUGGUAGUAUGGCGGUGCAGAGUGCGAAGCUCCUGGGCUUCACAGUUUACGCCACCGCGAGCACAAGACACCAUGAAUACAUCAAGUCGCUUGGUGCGUCUCGGGUAUUCGACUACAAGGAUGCUGGCGUACAGGCGGCUAUCAUUAAAGCUGCUAAGGGGGACGGCCUUACAUUCCAGUAUGGCUAUGACGCCGUGGGGGCUGCACAGCCAUGCCAGAAUAUCCUCCAAGCAUUAAAGGGGGAUGGUACGGCCCACCUGGCUUCCGCGCCCCCAUUAAAACCAAACGAGGCCACAGCGGAGGGCGUCGAGACCAAGUUUGUCAUGGCUUCGAACGAUAAGAAGGAACGAGCCAAGCAGUUCUCCUUUGCAUUCAAUGUCUGGCUCAAAGAAAAGCUGGAAAGGCGCGAGAUAGUCCCAAGCCCGGGGGUCAAGGUUAUCGAUGGAGGGUUGCGUGGAAUCAAUAAGGGGCUAGACAUAUUGAAGGCAGGAGUGAGUUGCACAAAGCUAGUCCUAGAGGUUUGAUGGGAAUUCGUGAUGUAUAGCCACAUAUUUAACUGUCUGGGUACACAUGAAGCCCUUUGAAUGCUCGCUGAAGGGUUUGCAACAAAGCAGUAAAAACUGCCUCAGUUUUCAAUAGUAU